AAUAAAAUGAAAAAUGCCAUUUUGGCGGGGAAUUGACAAAAGCGGAAGAAGAACAAGGACAAGGACAAGGGGAUUUCCUUUUUCUUCUCUGCUCCAUAAUGUCAGCCUGCUAAGGGCCGUUGCUAAGGUGGAGCUGGCAUUUGACAGGAGCGGAGGGGAGCUUGCGGACGCAAAGACGGUGCCGUUUGCCUCUUUUUUAGGGGCAAAAGUCCCUUUUUCCCGCCCCGUUUAUUUAUGGCUCCCCAAACAAGACCCAAGGAUUCGUUCCAUUGCGUGGGCAUUAUCUUCUUCCUUCUGGGUUUGGGAACCCUCCUUCCGUGGAACUUCUUCAUCACAGCCAUUCCGUAUUUCAAGUCGCGGCUGACGGCAAGGAACUGCUCGGAUGCCGUGGACGAUGGGAACCGGACGGGGCCGGGACUCGAACCCGCUUCCCUUUGCGAUGACGAGGACGACUUCAAUUUCAGCAACUGGCUGGCCCUCCUCUCCCAGCUGCCUUUGCUGCUCUUCACCCUCCUGAACUCGCUCCUCUAUCAGUGCAUCCCGGACUCGGUGCGGAUCCUGGGCAGCCUGGUGGGGAUCCUGCUCCUCUUUGUUCUGACGGCGGUCCUGGUCCAGACAGAGGUCUCGGCCCAGAGCUUCUUCUCGCUCACCAUGGCCAGCGUCUGGCUCAUCAACUCUUUCUGUGCUGUCCUGCAAGGAAGCCUCUUUGGGCAACUCGGCUGCUUCCCGCAAGGCUACAGCACCGUCUUCCUGAGCGGCCAAGGGAUGGCCGGCACCUUUGCCGCCGUGGCCAUGCUGCUCUCCAUGGCCAGCGGAGCAGAUGCCCAGACCUCUGCUUUGAGCUACUUCGUCACUCCUUGCGUCGGGACCCUCGUCUCCAUUGCCUGCUACCUCUUACUGCCCCACAAGGAUUUUGCUCGCCAUUAUCUGGAGAAAAAACCCUUGGAAGAGCCGGGAUAUGAGCUAGAGACCAAGGCUGGACUUCUUGUACCUGAGGAUGGACCCGCCACCAUUCAAGAGACCACCGAAAGGGAAUUGUUGAGCUUGAGCAACGGGAAUAAUAACGUUGUGUCUCUGGGACCGGAAGACGUAGCGUCGGGUCCCCCUCUGAUCGCAAACGGGAGCCUCGGGGUGGCCGUGGUGACCCCAAAACCCUCUGUCCUCUGUGUGCUUAGGAAGAUCUGGCAGCUGGCCCUCUGCAUCGUGAUGGUCUUCUCGGUCACUCUGUCCGUCUUUCCUGCUAUUACGGCCGGUGUUGCCAGCACCUCCGCCAACAAGACCUGGAUCAAGUUCUUCACUCCCGUCUGCUGCUUCCUUCUCUUCAACAUCAUGGACUGGCUGGGACGCAGUGCCACUUCCUAUUUCCAUUGGCCCGAGCGGUUCCUGCCCCUCUUGCCGGGGGCGGUGGGGCUGCGCUUGCUCUUCGUGCCGCUCCUCCUCCUCUGCAACAUCCCACAUCGUGCCCAUUUGCCCACCCUUUUCCGGCAGGACGCCUGGUUCGUCCUCUUCAUGGUGGUCUUCUCCCUCUCCAACGGCUACUUCGUCUCCCUCUCCAUGUGCCUGGCCCCCAAGCAGGUCAAGCCACAUGAGAGCGAACUGGCGGGGGCCAUGAUGACCUUUUUCCUGGCCUUGGGACUCUCCUGCGGAGCCGCCAUGUCCUUCGUCCUUAAAGCCUUGCUUUGACGCUUUGAACGGGACCGGGUUGCGGGUUCGAGGAGGCGCUGGGAGCCGUAUCCGCGGACCAAGGUGGCGUCACAAAAAACAGAUUGGAUCUCCUUCCACGAGAAGCGAUUAAUCCAAACUGGACCCCAAUGGGAACGACUUCUACUGUGUGUUUAUAUAUAUGUGUGUGUGUGUGUGUGUGUGUGUGUACAUUUGUCCAACCAUCUCGCUCAGGAGUUUGAAUGCCUUUUCUGGACCUGCUCUGUGCAAAAGAAGCAAAAAAUGGGAAUUAUUUUGCAAUCGCACAAUAUCUUCCUGGGAAUGUACUUCUUGGAGGGCAAGGCAUAGAGGAAUCCUUACGAAAGGCUUUGAUUUCGUCCAAACAUCCAGAUCCAUUUUCUUCUCUCCCUGCAUUGCUUUGUGUCGAUAUCUCUCUAUAUAAAAGGUUAAUGAAAUUUCGGCCUUGGACAAAACAACAAAACUACACAUCCCAGAAACACUAAACUUGGCAGCACAACCCCUCAUCCAGGCCUCUGCGUUCAUACAACAAAAAGAAAAGAAAAAUAAAGUCCUAAUUAGAGGGAGAGGAAUAAUUGUUUUUAUCCAAUUGCUGCUAGUUAGAAGGCUAAGCUCCGCCCACCUGGUCUCCUAGCAACCCACUCAGCCCAGGGGACAGGCAGAGUUAGGCCUCACUUAGGCCUCUUCCACACUGCCUAUAAAAUACAGAUUGUCUGAUUUGAACUGGAUUAUAUGGCAAUGUAGACUCAAGGCCCUUCCACACAGCUAUAUAACCUAUUUAUAAUGGACUUAAUGUCAGGGGAAAACCUUUACCCUUGACCUUAACUACAGUAGAGUCUCACUUAUCCAACACUCGCUUAUCCAACGUUCUGGAUUAUCCAACACUUUCAAUAUAUCGUGAUAUUUUGUUGCUAAAUUCGUAAAUACAGCAAUUACUACAUAGCAUUACUGCAUAUUGAACUACGUUUUCUGCCAAAUUUGUUGUCUAACAUGAUGUUUUGGUGCUUAAUUUGUAAAAUCAUAACCUAAUUUGAUGUUUAAUAGGCUUUUCCUUAAUCUCUCCUUAUUAUCCAACAUAUUCGCUUAUCCAACAUUCUGCCGGCCCGUUUAUGUUGGAUAAGUGAGACUCUGCUGUACCACCAAUUCCUCAAGACUUUAUUUCCCAUCCCACCAGACUUCGCCACAGCAAUGCGUGGCCGGGCACAGCUAGUAUAUAUAUAUGUGUGUGUGUGUGUGUGUAUAUAUAUAUAUAUGUAUGUAUGUAUAUACA